AUGUCUCUAAUCCAUUUGUUCUGCUUGCUUUUGCUUUGUCACCUCGUGCUGAUUUUAUCAGGAGGGUAUGGAAAUGGGUACCAGGAUAACUGUCCACACUCAUUCAGCUGUGGAAGUCGUGGGAUUUUUAGUUACCCUUUCACCAAGGCAGACCAACCAGACUGCGGCCUCAUACUCUUACAUAGCUGUGAUGACAGUUAUUAUUCACCCAAAUUUAUCCAACUGGAGGAGAAUGCAGGAACCACAGAGCUAACUGGCCCCGUUAACCAGAAUACCAUUACACUUUCUGAUCAAGAUUUUUAUAAGCGUUUGCAAAAUAACCCUUGUGGCACUUUGAAUCGCAGUUAUCCUCUUCCUCCCCCUUCUCCUUUGGUUUCUUUUUAUAUAGUUUAUAAUGUAACUCUCUUCCGAUGCAAUCGCAGCCACAAUAUCGAACCCCCUGCACAAUAUUUUCGAUACCCCUGUCCUUCCGAUGAUAUCUAUUAUAACAGGAAACUAUAUCCCAAUGAUACUAAAGAAAAGGAACGUAGCCUUUUCUCAUCCUGCUUGGUUCUUCAAUUUCCAGCUAAAGACUUGACUGAUACCAAAAACAUUUUAUCAUUUGUAUCUGCUCAGGUGAGUGUUAAAAUAGAAUUAUCUGCUGAUUGUGAAGAGUGCUGCAACCACAGAGGAGGCCAAUGUCGACUUGAUGCCAACAAUAAGUUCUACUGCCAUAAUGAGCCGAAGAAUAAGAGAGUUUAUUUUAAGCUGCUACUUGGACUUGGAAUAGGUUUAGGCAUUACAUUGGUUGCACUGGGUAUUCUUAUAGUUCGAUGCCUCUCCAGAAGAAAACAUGCUCGAUCAAGCCUCCAGAAUCAAUCGAAAAGAAAAUCAUAUAAUGAUGAAAUCGAUCCAUAUCAAAAUCAAGACUCAGAAAACGGCACUGUCUACUUUAAAAUACCUCUGUUCUCUUAUAAGGAGCUAGAAGAAGCUACAAAUAAUUUCCACCAAGCCAACAAACUUGGAAGUGGAGGCUUUGGAAUAGUUUAUUACGGGAGACUGCAAGAUGGACGAGAAGUUGCUGUUAAGCGCCUAUACCAACAUAACUGGAGGCGAGUAGAACAGUUCACAAACGAAAUUGAGAUCCUUGCUCGCACCCGACACGCAAAUCUUGUGUCCCUCUACGGUUGUACUUCACAUCACAGCGAUGAACUACUGCUAGUGUACGAAUAUGUUCCAAACCACACUGUUGAUUUUCAUCUCCAAGGUGAUCUAGCAAGAACAAGAGUAAUGUCUUGGCAUAUCAGGAUGAAAAUUGCCAUAGAGACAGCAAGUUCAUUGGCUUAUCUGCAUGCUUCUGGCAUAAUCCACCGUGAUGUGAAAACCAAAAACAUUCUCCUUACAAACAGCUUCAGUGUCAAAGUUGCAGAUUUCGGUCUUUCAAGGCUAUUCCCCCAUGAUAUCACUCAUGCUUCCACAGCACCACAAGGGACACCGGGUUACGUUGACCCAGACUAUCAUCAAUGCUACCAGCUAACUAACAAGAGUGAUGUAUACAGUUUUGGCGUUGUGCUUGUUGAGCUUAUAUCAUCUAAGCUUGCUGUUGAUAUGGACAGGCAUAAGGAUGAGAUUAACUUGGCAAACCUGGCCUUAAAGAAGAUCCAGAAGGGUGAAUUUACUGAGCUGGUGGAUCCUAAUCUUGGUUUUGAUUCAGACAAUGAGGUUAAGAGGAUGAUAGUAUCGGUGGCAGAGUUGGCUUUUCAAUGUUUGCAAAGGGAAAAGGAAUUGAGACCUUCCAUGGAUGAGGUUUUGAAGGUGCUGAUGAGAAUUGAAAGUGGGAAGCAUGAACCUGAGCAUAUAGUUGAAGAAGAUGUGCAUCCACCUUCACCAGAUGGAAAUGAGGAUGAGAUUGGACUUUUCCAAAAAACAACGCGACAGCCUUCACCUAAAGCUGUGGUUGAUGAAUGGGAUAGUCGAACUACUACGUCUAAUACCAUCAGUGGUCAUUAA